AUGCCUCAAGCCAAAGCAAACCCAGUUCUCGAAGAAUUCAAAAAUGCUUUGGCUGAAUCGAAGCAUUUAUAUGCUUGCGGCGGCCGGAUUCCCGUCGUGAUGCCUACCGUUGAAAGUGGAGGCGACGCAGCAUCGUCACUCUCUCGAGCUGAGCAGCCACGGCGAUCGGGUCCAGUAACAAUCCGAUGGGACGUCGGCGGACUGUCGCCAACCGAAGAGUCUCGAUGUCGUAAAGUAACUCUUCCAGCUACUCGACCGGCUGAUCGCGAUGCUCUCAAGGACCUGCUUCAAGAUUGCCAGCCGGCGACCUUUGGCCAAGACGGCAAGGAUGUCUACGACGAGACCUAUCGAAAAGCACUCAAGAUGAACACAGACACCUUCUGUAGCACAUUUGACCCUUAUUCUGUCGGAAUUGUUGAUUCUGUGGCGCAGAUGCUCCUCCCGAGCUUUUUGGAUUCGGCAACACACCGAGCGGUCGAGGCGAGGCUCUACAAACUCAAUAUUUACUCCGGCCCAUCUGGCAUGUUCAAGGCUCAUGUCGACACGCCUCGUUCACCGAUGCAGUUUGGGUCGCUUGUCGUUUGUCUGCCCGUCGAGCACCAGGGAGGACAGCUCAAAGUUCGCCACAAAGGUGAAGAGAUGACUUUCGACUGGGGUAUUCCGGCCGAUGAGAGACAGACGCCGCAUAUUGAAUGGGCAGCCUUCUACAGCGACUGCGAGCAUGAAGUGAUGGAAGUCUCCAGUGGUACUCGACUCACCCUGACUUACAACCUCUACGCAGUCCAGGGAGCUGGGCGCUUGACGGGCACACACUUGACACUGGAUCCGACGCGACUGCCGUUGUAUCGCGCUAUUGAGAAAGUGAUCUCCAAUGAUCCAUUCUAUGGGAAAGGCGGGACGCUCGGCUUUUGGUGCUCCCAUGCCUACGCUUAUAAUAAUCAGCAAGAAAACCCUCUCCCAGAGACGCUUAAAGGCGUUGAUGCAGCCGUGUGGGAAAGUCUCAAAGCUCUUGGCAUCAGUGUUGAGACUGCGCCAAUCGUCGAAAUGGACGGUGAGACCCGCGAAAGAUACUGUUACUAUUACGAGGAAAGCGACCACUAUAAGGGAAGUGACUACCAUGAAGUUAGCACCCAGUCCGAAGGAAGGAUGCCUCCUCAUAUGCCGUCAAAGUGGAUAAUCGGAAACAAGUUUGGUGUGGCAAUAGACCGGGGGUAUCGAGUGGAGGAGAUAGCUCAAGACUAUCACAGGAUGUUCACACUAUGGGGCGGCACCUAUGCCAACGGCCCGAUUCAUUGGCUCACGAAGCCAACUCAGACCGAACUUCAAAUCGUCUAUACGAAGUAUGGUAACGAAGCAUCGGCGGAUGCCAUGUACUCACGCUGCGCGAUCCUUGCAACCCUGCCAUCGAAGAGCCCAGCAGCUUCUAAGUAA